GUCCUCCGGUGUAAACAUUGCCCUGAGCCUGAGUGGACACGUGCUGAAACAGCAGCAGCACUCGAGGUGUUCUCAUAGCAAUAUUCUGUAAGUCACUGGUGUGUCUCUAUGGUGAAAAUGUAUACAACAGAAAGCAGAUACACAUGCCUCCAGGGUUAAAUAUUGACGCACCCGUGCCUGUAGUGAAUGAAAUUCUUAAUAUUAUGGGCCAAAUUGAUCUGCUGAAGUAGGUGUAAGAAAGAAAAGUCCCUGCAGAAGAAUCAAUAUAAAUUGCAAGUUCCAUUCCUUCAAGCAUGUUAGCCUUAGCCAACAUUCAAAGCUGCACAAAGUCAUUGUUAAGGCAAACCCUCCAACUCUCCUCUGCAUUGAUUAAAUUCUCAGAAUUGUGUUGCUCAAGGCCCCUUCAUGUAGACUUAAAAGAAAGACAUGUGGUUGUGUCACAGCAACAGAUUGAAGAGGGUAAUUUAAAAAAAGGAGAAGUUCCUUUUGCUGUGUGGGGAUUAACAGACUCAAGGAUCCUCUACAGCUCCCAUGUGAAAAACAGUACAGCUACAGAUAAUCCUUUUGUAUUGCAUAGAAUUGGAAAGCAAAUACAACAGCAAGAAGAGUCAUUGAGAAGAAAAGAAGCUAUCCCUCUUAUCAUUGAGCAGAACAUAGUCAGAAAUGAAGAGAAAGUUUAUAUUGAAUCAGCUAGUGAUGAAGAGAGGAAAGAGUCUAAGGUCAUUUUUCCAUAUUCACACACACAUCAGAUUGAGAUUCCGGAAAGUUAUGUAGUGGAUUCAGAUCCUGUGGAGUCAGAGUUCACGGACUCACACUCGGACUUUUCAAAACCUAAUGUCUCUGUUGCGGAAGAGAUUGCCUUGAGGAUGAGAGCUUAUGAUGAAGGGGUACUUGAGGAAAUGGAUACACCAAAAGGGAACUUAGUUGAACAUGAAGAUACCUAUGAUCUCCCUAAUGAUAUCUUGCUAGAAAAGGAAGCUGCUGACCUUCAUUUAAUUAAGGAGCAGCAAGGCUCAGCAGAUCCCAAGUGUCCAGUCAGUGAUGUACCAUGUGGAGGCUGUGGGGCCUUCCUCCACUGUCAACAGCCAUCCCUCAUGGGGUUUGUCCCAAAGGAACUCUUUGCAGGAUGUAAUUCUGGUGAAUUACGCAGCAUUUUGUGCCAGCGUUGCUACUUCUUGAAGGUUCACAAGACAGCCCUCAAUGUGCAGGUUGACCCAAAUAUGUAUGCAAAAUUGUUGGAACCCAUUAAACAGAAGAAGGCAUUAGUGCUGCUGGUGGUGGACCUUCUAGAUGCUCCAUGUUCCAUCUGGCCAAAUAUAAUGGAUAUAAUAGGGACCUCCAGGCCAAUAAUGAUUGUGGGAAACAAGGUAGACCUUCUUCCAGCUGAUGGUAAAAACCACCUGCAGAAAGUGAGGGAGUCCCUCAUUGCUGUUAUAGAAAAAACACCCCUAAGCAAAGCCUCUAUCAAACAUUUGGCUUUGGUCUCUGCCCACACAGGAUAUGGAAUUGAGAGCCUGAUCACAAAAAUUCAAAAAUAUUGGAGCACUAAAGGUGACAUUUACAUCAUAGGAUGCACCAACUCUGGAAAAUCAACCUUAUUCAAUGCCUUGCUUGGGUCAGACCUGUGUAAAACUGAUGCCUCCAGUCUGAUUCAGCGAGCCACUGUAUCCCCUUGGCCUGGAACAACACUUAAUAUGGUCAAGUUUCCCAUUCUUCGUCCAUCCGGCCAUCUGCUCUAUCUUCGGACACUGAGACUAAAGAAAGAGCAAAAGAUUCUGCCAAAGGAGAAUAAACCAAGGUUCACCAAUAACUUGUUAAUUGGAACACUUACAGGCCAUAUUGGAAGGACCUUGGAAAAGAAGGAGAAGCUUGUGAUAAAACAAGAUCCUUUUUCAACUGACAUGAGAAAGCCACCUGCAGACACCAAAUCCAUCUGGGGCAUCAAUCCAAAACAUGAGCAGUACGCCCUCAGCAAGUGGUGCUACGACACACCUGGGACAGUACAGCCAGAACAGAUGAUCCACCUGCUUACUCACAAGGAGUUGAUGAAGGUCCUACCCCGCCACUUGCUGCGUCCAGAGACAUUUUGCCUCCAGUCUGGCUACUCCCUCUUGCUGGCUGGUCUGGCACGCCUUGAUCUACUUUACAGUUCUGCAUCAGUCAGGUUCACAGUCUUCAGGUCUUCAGCGCUCCCAUUAACCAUCUGCAAAACAGUAGAUGCAGCAUCCAUUUACCGUCAGUAUCUUGGUUCCCCUAUCCUUGGGGUGCCCUGUGAAGGAAAGGAACGCCUCAAAAGUUGGCCAGCACUCCAGCCUGUUAAUUUGAGGAUUCAAGGCCACAGGAGACAUGAGAGUUGUGUUGAUGUGGUUCUUUCUUCAGCAGGUUGGGUAUCAUUGACAAGUUUGAAAGAAGAUCAAAUAAUAGAGCUGAGGGCAUGGUCACCUGGUGGCCGUGGGAUACACCUGCGAGACCCACCACUACUGCCUCGUGCUGUCACCCUCCGAGGCCCCCGCAUUGGUAAAUCCCUUACCUACCGCCCUCACAAGAUAUUUGUACCACAGUAGACAGCAGAGUAAUACAUGAUUAAAAAUCAGAGUAUUGAUGUUACAUAAUAUUGACAGGAUUUGUGCUGUAAGAAUCAUUAUUGUAAAUAUAUUUUGUACUUCAUUAAGUUUUUGUUUUCAUCAUUGUUUAGUAAAUUACUGCAGUGUUGUGGUUGUACAAUCCUUAAGAACAUAGUCAGCAUAUACUGACCUUGCAAUACAUCCCAGAGAAAUCCAUGUACAGGCCAUCCAUCACUAGUCUGGCAUCAUUUGGACCUGUAGGAUGCUGGAUUAGUGAUUUUGCCAUAUUAUAGAGUGGUUAGGUUAGAAUACACUUAACCUAACCUCUUCCUACCUUUCAUAUACCCCCAUAAAUCAGUACAAGUUGAUUAAUAAGUGGGGCUGUACUAAUACCACUUUUCUGCCAGUAUUGAUGCCAAUACUUCAUUUUUUGACAAUACUGAUAGUAUUGGUAUAGCCAAUACAAUGUUAGCAAAGAAAUAGAGCAGAUUUUCUUUGUUACUUUAUGUCAUAAGUUGUCAAAGAGUCAAUGCUGUAUAAUUCACACAAGCAUCACACAGACACACUGCUGUCAGUUUUUUUUUCAGAUCUUUUAUGGAUAAUGUACUUAGAGUGUUUGCACUUUACACAAGAAGCCUUUCCUUUAUUCACUGGAACCAUGGCUGGAGCUAAAACUGAGCAGGUUUAAUAAUAAAUGUAGAGAAACAAAUUGAUAAGGCUUCCCUGUGUUUAUAAGUGAUGCCAGCUGCUUAUGCAGCAAGUAGCUUCUUGUGACCUGUUUCACUUCAUAAUGCUUCUUAGGUCAUCCACUUCUUAGUUCUGUUAUUCUUGUACUGCUUCUGUUUCACUAUUAUACUGCUUCCUCA